GCAGUCUUCCACCUUCCAAGACACUCUCACAAAACUCAUCUAGCUGAUUAGCCCUAGCUAAGACUGCUAACUUUGUUGCAUAGCAAGAGGCAAAAAUGGCUUACUCCAAAAACCUAGUUGUCCUCUUCACCAUGCUGCUCCUUGCUCCAUCCAUCCUGGCCACCGACCCUGAUCCCCUGCAGGACUUCUGCGUCGCCGACCUGGAUGGAAAGGCGAUCUCAGUAAACGGGCACGCAUGCAAGCCCAUGUCUGAGGCAGGCGACGACUUCCUCUUCUCAUCCAAGCUGGCAAUGGCCGGCAACACGUCCACGCCGAACGGCUCAGCCGUGACAGAGCUGGAUGUAGCGGAAUGGCCCGGCACCAACACACUUGGCGUGUCCAUGAACCGUGUCGACUUCGCGCCGGGUGGCACGAACCCACCGCACAUCCACCCGCGCGCUACCGAGAUUGGCAUCGUGAUGAAAGGUGAGCUCCUCGUCGGAAUCAUCGGCAGCCUCGACUCUGGGAACAAGCUAUACUCGAAGGUGUUGCGUGCUGGUGAGACAUUCCUGAUCCCGCGUGGGCUCAUGCACUUUCAGUUCAACGUUGGCAAGACGGAGGCAUCCAUGGUUGUGUCCUUCAACAGCCAGAACCCAGGCAUCGUCUUCGUGCCACUCACAGUCUUCGGUUCCAACCCACCGAUCCCGACGCAGGUGCUCACCAAGGCGCUCCGUGUGGACGCUGGGGUCGUGGAACUUCUCAAGUCCAAGUUUGCCGCAGGGCUUUAGUAUCAAUUUUAUGACCCUAAAAUGAUCAAUAUAUAUUUUAAUCCGUUAUAUGCCUGAGUAUGUUCUUGUUAAGGUAGCAUGUUGUUGUAAUAAGUAAUAACAUUGAAUAACCUCACGGUUCAGACCUCUGGACCAAUGCGGCUUGUACUUUUAUUGUAUUUCUUCUGUGUUUAAAGUAAUAAAUAUCUUUUUUUU